AUGUCGUGUGCUCUCCCUUCCUUAAGACUAUCACCCAAACAUGUCUUUAAGUCUCGAUGGAAGUGCAUUUACUCAUCGGACGUGCGGAAAGGAGCCAUAGGAAAAUGCACCGGCACAGUCGUUGCUGCGCGGAGAUACACAGCAGUAGCAGCAGCCGCGAAUCUUUCAAGCGGCUCACAACAAAAUGCAGUGGGAUAUCUGGACGAGGGGGAGGACGACGAUGCGAACAACCAUGACAGGCGGUAUGCCAGAGGCUCGGAGAGUGUACCGUACCCAAAACAGCGACCGAAAGCAGACCCCAAACCACUUGUCGAGUACCUCCAGAGAAUUUUUCCGCCGCUGGUGUUUCCGGAUACCGUUGCUACACAAAUGCUUACUCACAUUAGCGCGAAGGAGGCUUGGGCUGGACAUAAUGCACGGCUUGCGUUUGUUGGCCGACGCGUUCUUGAAUCCUACCUACUUCUAUUCCUCCAUUCGGCAUCACAGCAACUCUCCCGGACAACCUCUCCUCCCAUCUUUCCCGACAAGACGUUCAACUUUGACCUCAUUGCAUAUAGAGCAUUGCGCACACAUCUUCUAGGUGAAUUGGUUGGACCACAGUGGGAUUUAGCUCGCGCAGUGUUAUGGACUCCUGCAGUCCCUUCGAUCGGUAGUGCGAACAACCAUUUCUCCGAGGCUGGAGGAAGACUGCACGGUACUCCGGCUGCUUUGGAACGCCCAGGGUUAUAUAAGGUGGGGUUAUAUAAAGUUGCUGGUACAACGGUCCAAGGCAUCAUGGGAGGAAUAUUUCAUCAGUUCGGCGGAGCUGUAGCUCAACGAGUCUUUCAUACAAGACUUCUACCGCACAUUUUAUGUCCAGGGUCUCCCAUUGGAUUACAUGACGCCUUCCAUUCUGCCGCAUUAGAGAUGCAAUCGCGUAUGGGGGGCUCUGAUGGACUUCUAAUGGCUGACGCGCCUCAGCAGCAUACUAACGAAGCGCAGCCGCUCGCGUUGUCCGAUGAGACACCUCGCCAACGGUCCGCUUCUCGUUCCACAGAGGAAGCGACGCUUAUGCAAAAGCGACGUAUCGUGUCGUGA